UAGAAAAGUACCUGAAGCUUUUGGAGAACAUGUCACAGUUGAUUUUGGAUCAAAUGGCAGAAGCUGAUUAUGACAGUCUGUUGAAUGAUUUUGUUGAGUCUGAGUUUUUUCUGAUUGAUGGAGACUCACUGCUGAUGACAUACAUCUGUGAGAAAUCCUUGCGGCCUGAACAGGGCCUGCACUUCUUUUACCUGGUGGAAUGCUACCUUAUGGAUCUAAUUAAUAAAGGAGGACAGUUUGCCGUCGUCUUCUUCAAGGAUGCUGAACAUGCAUACAACAGCGUCCCUGAAUUGCUUCCUCUGAGAAUGGCGUUAAUUCUCCACCUUCAGCAUAAUACCAACAUUGAUGUCCGAACGGACUUUUCUGGGUGCUUCUCACAAGAGUGGAAAAGUUUCUUGGAAGACAGUUACCCAUAUUUUCUGAUCGUUGCCGAUGAAAGCCUGAGCCAUCUACAAGUACACCUUUUCAACUUUUUAAUCAUGCAGUCCUGGGCGAUGAAUGUCAAUGCCGUGCUCUUCUCGGGCCAAGCAUCCGAUGUCCUUCGACUUUACGCGUACUUUAUGCCGAGCAAGUACAAACACCAGUUGAUUUUCCAGAAGAGUGAAAAGCACUUUGAGAAUGCUUAUAAAACCCUGAUUAAGCAAUUGAAGGAAUGUAGAGUUUUAGCAUUAGGACGUCUUUUUGGAAAUUUAAAAUGGAAAGAUAUGAUGGAAGAGGCAUGUGAAACUAUUUCUCUGCUUAAGCAACUGUGGCCGGAAGGAUCUGACAUUCGGCAAGUUCUUUGUGUUACUUCGUGCUCCUUGUCUUUGAGUUUAUACCACAGGAAGUUGCUUCAUACGAACUGCCCCACCCUGGAGGGGGUGACAGAUUGGUGUAGACUGCACUGUCUCAGCGUGGCAUUUCUCCUCCACUUACCUCUUUCCCAAAGAGCAUGUACCAGAUUCAUCACUUCCCGCUGGAUUAAGGACAUUCAGACUUUCUUAACAAUGAAAAAGUGGUGUGAAUACCUCAUCCUAAGUAAUAUAGACGUUUUUGAAUUUUGGAAUCUGGAUUUAACUCACCUUUCCGACUUAAGUGAUGAGCUUUUAUUGAAGAAUAUAGCAUUUUACUAUGAAAAUGAAAGUGUUCAAGGGCUACAUUUGAAUUUGGGAAAUGGCAUUAUGAAAGAUUAUGAACAUCUCUGGGAUACUGUAUCAAAGUUGGUCACAAAGUUUGAUGUUGGAAAGCCAUUUCCUCUGAGAACAGAACAAUUUCCUUUUCUUAAAAAGGAUCCAUCACCAAUCAAAGAUACCUCCAAGGAAAAGAUGGCUAAUUUGGGUUUUAUUCCAGUGUCAUGUCAGGUGGUUGAUAAGUUUGCCGGGGACCUUUUGAAAGAUUUGCCUUUCCUAACGAGCGAUGAUCCUAUUGUAACUUCACUGGUCAAGCAGAAAGAAUUUGAUGAGCUUGUGCACUGGCAUUCCCACAGACCCCUUAGUGAUGAUUAUGACAGGACAAAGGGUCAGUUUGAUGAAAAAUCUAGAGAUCCUCAUCAUCUUAAAUCUGUGCAAAGGUAUCAUCGUUUUCAACGAUUUUAUGGGAAGUCAUUAGAAUCGGUCUCUUCAAAAUUUGUUGUACCUCAAGCUAUCAAGCCAAGGAAGAAUUUCUGUGAACCCAAGAGCAAAAAGAUACAGGAGACCAAGGCUGAAAAAAUUACUAGAGAGAAUAAGGAGAGGCUGUUUGCCAAGGAAGAAGAAAAAGAAGAGAAAAAAUGGAAUGUUCUGUCCUUUUCUAUUGAGGAGGAAAUGAAAGAGAAUUUAAACUCUGGAAUAAAGAACCUAGAAGAUUUUUUGAAAUCAUGUAAAAGUAGCCCAGUGAAAUUUCGAGUUGAAAUGGUGGGGAUUACUGCCUGCUUGAGAGCGUGGAAAAAACAUUGCCGUGGUGAAGGUGAAACCACAAAAGAUUUAAGUAUAGCUGUUCAAAUGAUGAAAAGGAUCUACUCCGUGAUGGAAAAAUACCCAGAACUUUUGCAAGAGGCAGAUCGGCAACUCAUAGCCAGAUGCCUUAGGUACUUAGGAUUUGAGGAGUUGGCAAGUACUUUGCAUCCAGCGCAGGUCACAGAAAAUGACAUGAAGGAGAAGGAGAAGAACAAAUACUCAGUUGGCAUUGGGCCGGCUCGGUUUCAGCUGCAGUACAUGGGCCAGUAUUUGGUACGAGAUGAGAGGAAAGAUCCAGACCCCAGAGUCCAGGACUUUAUUCCUGACACCUGGCAGCGAGAGCUCUUGGAUGUCGUGGACAAGAAUGAGUCUGCGGUCAUAGUGGCCCCCACGUCCUCAGGGAAGACCUACGCCUCCUACUACUGCAUGGAGAAGGUGCUACGGGAGGGCGACGAUGGGGUGGUCGUGUAUGUGGCCCCCACCAAGGCCCUUGUCAAUCAGGUGGCAGCAACUGUUGAGAAUCGUUUUAGCAAAAAUCUGCCAAACGGUGUAUCUCUGUGCGGUGUUUUUACACGGGACUAUCGUCAUGAGGCUCUAAACUCCCAGGUACUUAUCACAGUGCCUGCCUGCUUUGAACUUCUGCUGCUAGCUCCGCAUCGCCAGACGUGGGUGAAAAGGAUCAGAUAUGUUAUAUUUGAUGAGGUCCACUGUCUUGGUGGAAAAAUUGGAGCAGAAGUCUGGGAGCAUCUCCUUGUCAUGAUCCGCUGUCCCUUCCUGGCCCUUUCUGCUACCAUUAGCAACCCGGAGCAUCUCACCGAGUGGCUACGAUCCAUAAAACAGUACUGGAAACAAACGGACAGUAUGAUAGAAAAAAAUACUGCUUCUUCAAGAAAUGCCGGCUGCCGCGCCAGUUCUCACCGAGACUACUUACUGAGGAAGCAGUCGUAUAAAGUGAGACUUGUGCUCUAUGCAGAGAGAUACAAUGAUUUAGAGAAGCACAUAUGUUCAGUAAACAAUCGUGACAUCUCCUUUGACCAUUUUCACCCGUGCGCUGCGCUGACCGUGGACCAUAUUGAAAAGUUUGGAUUCCCUUCUGAUCUUACCCUUUCGCCUCGAGAAAUGAUCCAGCUUUAUGAUACCAUGUUUGAAUUCUGGGAAGGUUGGCCCAGGGCUCAGGAGUUGUGUCCGGAGGAAUUCGUUCAUUUUAAGAAUAAAAUAGUCAUUCGAAAGGUGGAUGCUAGAAAGUAUGAAGAGAGCUUAAAGGCAGAACUGACGGGCUGGGUGAAGAGCGGUCACGUCCAGGAGGCCAGAAUGGUCCUGAGGAAUCUUCGUCCUCCUUCGGUUGUUAGUUCAGAAAACAUGGCACGUAUGUUUCCACGUCUUGUUGAAAAGCUAAGCCAAAUGGAGAAGUUACCUGCACUGUUUUUUUUAUUUAAUUUAGGGGCUGUAGAGAGAAGCGCUGGAAGUGUGAAAAGGUUCCUAGAGAUAAAGCAACAGAGCAGAAGGCCCCUCAAGGCUGAUAAGGAGGCCUAUGACAUGGAGAGCAAACUUCGAAAAGUUAGAAAAUCCCUUGAGACACAGAAGACAAUAGAUAAAAGAAGCCAGAAGAAUCCCAGAAAAAUGGAUCAAAGCCUAAUCCUUGAAGCUGAACGUGCUAAUCUCCUCAAGGUUUUUGAGAAGAACUUGGAGAUCCCUGAGGACUGCACAUAUGCUGAUCAGAAGGCCAUAGAUGCUGAGACUUUGCAGAGGGUGUUUGGCCGAGUGAAAUUCUCAAGGAAAGGCGCCGAACUGAAGGCUUUGGCAGCAAGAGGGAUUGGAUAUCAUCACAGCUCUUUGAGCGCCAAAGAAAAGCAGUUAGUUGAGAUUCUUUUUAGGAAAGGAUUUAUAAGGGUGGUGACCGCUACGGGGACACUUGCUUUAGGAAUCAACAUGCCUUGUAAAUCUGUGGUUUUUGCUCAAAACUCAGUCUAUCUGGAUGCUUUAAACUACAGACAGGUAUUGUGA